CACUUUCACUCACCACACAUAGUCUCAGCUCCAAAGAGUCUUCAACGUAUGAGCAUGAGACGUGCUUUUUUCCCAGUCUAGCAACUUUAAACAUCUGUUGCGGAUGUGUACUGCAGAGUAAUUUACAGACUAAUCUAUUCUUUAAAAAGUCAUAAUGGAACAAAUUUCAAGCCAAGAAGCAGAUGACAAUCCUUAUCUCUGUUUUCAGAGAACACCAUCUUUUCGUCGCAAAUGGAGAAAACGCUAUGGAGGUUUGGAUGGCAACAAAUUGCUGGAGCCAAAUAAGGAGGAGGACAUGAGAGAGAAUGGUGUGAUGAUAAAUGGCCUCACUGAAAGGAAUGCUGCCCCUGUGAAGAGUGCAGAAGCUCAGGAGACCAGAUUUGCAGAGAGUAUUUCAAAUCUUGUGCCAAGAAAAGCUAUGACACCUCAGAGGCCUGUCAACUUUGUGGCUCCAGGAUCAACAGCUUUACCAGUAUUUAUCAGCAAUGGUGGCACAAAAGCCCCUCAGGCAGAACCAGAGCGAAUGCUCACUGCCCAGCCCUGGCCAAGCAUCAGCAGGACUGAGGCCCAGCACACCCAAUCCAAGAGAAAAGUGUCUGCUGACGUGCUGUUCGACAGCUUCGCCUCCGGAGGAAGAGUCAGCACCAAUCAUUUCUUUGAGACCCUGUGGUGCUCUGGCAUUUUAAGAACUGACCCACGGAUUAAGGACUGCUAUGCACUGAUGAAAAAACUGCAGAAUGCUGAUGGAGCAGUGGACAGGAACACUUUCCAAAGGUGUGUGACAGGCUUUGUAUCUUUCAUUCUGAAAGCAGUGCAAGGCAGAUUUGUCAUUCCAGAUUUCUGUAUGUUUGCUGAAGAGACCCAAAAGCUGUUCAUUAAAUGUAAACAGCUGUCUUCUGUAGAGGAGAAGGAAGACAGAAGCAAGGCCAGUGGAAAGUGGGGGAUUUCAAUCUGCACAGUGGAUGGCCAGAGGCUCUCUCUUGGGGACUGGAAUGAGCCGUGUGUUCUGGGAGAGAUUGCCUGGCCGCUUGUUUACGGGCUUGCCGUGGAUCAACUUGGAGUUGACCAUGUCCACAGACAUGUAGGAGUGGAGGAAUAUGCAAAAUAUGAGUCCCCCUUUACCCUGAGCAAACAAGGUGUCCCUCACACUCCCCUGACAGAGACGGGAGCAAUUAUAUGUGCAUCACUGCUGCAGCAGUUAACAUUAAGGCAAGUUACAGAGGAAGAGGAGAAAUUCGAGUCGGUUUUGAAUAUUGUAAGAAGAUUAUGUAACAAGGAACAUGCCAACUUAAAUUGUACAAGUUAUCAAGGCUUGAGGAAGGACAUUAUACGUCUACAUGCACUUUCAUUUUAUCUUCAAGAAAAGAAGUGUUUUCCGGAAGCCAAUGAUAUAAAUGCUACACUGGAUCUGCUGUUACAGUGUAUGUCUACAGAAGUCACAUGUGAGUCCGGAGCUGCCUUGGCUGCAACUUUAGCUAAUGGUGGCCUCUGCCCUAUGUCGGGUGACCAGGUCCUCUCCAGCUCUGCAGUUCGCAGUACUCUGUCCAUAAUGCAAGUGGCAGGAAUGAACGAUUACUCCAGAAAAUUCCAUUUUAAGGCAUCCAUGCCUGCCAAAUCCAGCAGCUCUGGUGUUGUGUUGACAGUAGUCCCUGGGGUGCUGGGCAUCACUUGCUGGUCACCAGAGUUGGAUGUAUAUGGAAACUCAUGGAGGGCUGUGCAUUUCUGUGAGGAGCUGGUGUCAGUUUUUCAGCUACACAGCUUUGAUAUCAGGACUCCAUUCAGACAGGUGCUGUUCUACAGGCAGUGGAAAGUGGAGUCUGAGGGCUACCAAAUCAUGAACAUCCUAUUGGCUGCUUAUCGGGGGGACCUGCAAUCGUUACGGAGGUAUUUCCUCUCUGGAGCAGAUGUGAAUGCUGUUGAUUAUGAUGGAAGGUCUGCACUUCAUGUGGCUGCCUCAGAGGGGCGUCUGGAGGUCAUCAAGUUUCUGAUGGAGAGCACUGGAGCCAACUGCACACUCAAGGACAGGUGGGGAAACACAGCUUUGCAGGAGGCUAUAAGAUGCAAUCAAGGACCUGCUGUACAGCUCCUCACAAAGUAUACAGACUACAAGGAAAUGUUAUGAUAGUGCACCAACCCCAGACACAUAACCCCAGACAUUCAGUUUACAUAUUGCAAUGUCAUAUAUAGUGUUUUUUGUAGUCCCUGAUUUGAGCUUUAAAUGGCUGGCACCAGACCUAUUUCGAUUUAGACCUUGAAUUUAAAUACAAACAUGGAUUUUGUGGGUUUAACAGUUAAUAUAACUGAUCUGUCAUACCUUGGUGUAGCUGAACAGAAGAUGCAUCUGUGGUAUCAGGGUAUUCAGGAAUCUAUGCAUGGUUUAAGUCUAGAAGUGCAGAAAAGUUUAACAGUAAAGUGUAUUCAGGAGUUCUGGUAGCUCAAAUUAUUAUUAUUAUUAUUAUUUAUUUUUUUAAAAUAUUUUUUUCUAAUACAAUCAUCAAGACUCAUCCAUGAGCGCAACAUUGUGUUCAAUAAAGAAUGCUGUCUUAUGUCUAAUAUCUCUAAUUGUUACAGGGCUUAUUGAUAAAAGCAACUGCAGUGUAAUAAUGGUAGAAGUGGUAAAAGUAAAGUAGUACACAAAGUUUCCGGUGACCUGAUUUCACUACAGUCUCAGAACCUACUUACAUAGCUGACAGAGAAAUUUUGUCCAAAAUGUACAUUUCCAAUAGGAGAGAAACCAACUGUCACACUUCAACUUACACUUCUGGUCAAAAGUUUAGACACACUCAUUCUUUAUUUUUAAUUUUUUUCUCCACAUUUUAGAAUAAUAAUGAAUUCAUCAAAACUCUGGGAUAACUAAUAAUAAUUCCAAAAUAAAUAAAAAUAAUUUAAUAAUAAUAAUAAUAAUAUUUUAGCAUCUUCAAAUUAGACACCCUUUUUCCCUAGAAUUUUCAGAAAUGUAUUCUUGGUAUUUUCUCAACCAAUUUCUUGAGGAAUCAGCCUGAGAUGCUUUUUAAUGUCUGAAUAUUUCACUCCAAGUCAUCCAUUAAAAAAAAUUGUAAAUAAAAUGUUAUUCAUUAGAAAACUUUCAUUAGAAAACUAUGUUAUCACAAUUAUAUUUUUGUCUACAACACCAAUUUCAAACAUUUAAUCAUACACCAUCAGAUGAAAAGGUUUUUAAGAUCAUGAGAAACAUUUCAGUCAAGUGUCUCCAAACUUUUGACCGGUAGUGUACAUUCUGGUGGUUCACCUGCAUAGCAAUAGAGAGGCCAUUUUCUCAAACUAUUUGAGUGCAGUCCCUUCAAGGCUGGAAAUAGUGGACAGGAAGUCUAGUGUUGUAUUAAAGCCAACAAGAGCGAAGACUUCAGAGGUUCUGCAAUGGCCAGUAAAACAGUACAUGUCGAAUGAAUCCAAACUGGGGUCUAGAGCAGUGGUUUUCAAAGUGGGGACGCCAGGGGGCGCCCAGGGGGCCUCAACAAUUUGGUGUGAAAAAUAAAUUCUCACUCUCAGACAACCACACACACAUACACACACAAUCAAUUCCUAAUGUAAUGUAAUGUAAAAUGUAAGAUGUGAUUAUUAAUAAAUAAAAAGGGGGAUAUAUUUAGAAGUCUGUAUUUUUAAUGUGUUUUAAAGACAUCUUGCAAAAGUGGGGCCUCGGUCAAAUGUUAAUGCCAUUUGUGGGGCCUUGCCCUGGAAACGUUUGGGAACCCCUGGUCUAGAGGUCUAGUAGGUGGUUCAGUGUGAGAAAAAGAAACUUGGCUAUACAUAAAACAUUCCAAUAAAAUGUGAAUAAUAUUAAUAAUUAAUAAUAUUCUGGUCAGAAGCUUCAACAAUCAGAUCUUGGUAUUGUCUCAGAACAAGCAAUAUAAUA